UUUUUGUUUUUCUUUCGACAUUUGAUGGCCACAAAAACAAAAAUAAAGUCGGAAAAAUUUUAUUUUCUUCAGAAAAUUCAUUUUAAAACCCCAAAAAAAGUUUACAAAAAUUAUAACAAAAUAUAAAAUUAGUAAACAGAAAUAAUGGAUAUUGAUUCAGAAGUAGACCCAAAUUUAGGACGUGAAAAUGUUGAGGAAGUCGCAGAGUCUCCUGCAGUUGUUGCCACUGGAUCACGCCAAGUAAUUGAUACUGAAGAUUCCCCAGAAUCUGACGACAGUGCAGAAUCUCAAAGUGCGGUUUUACGAAGAGUUUCGAGAGUUAACAGUGAACCGAAUAAUCCGACUGAGACAAGUUCCGAUGAUGAUGGAGAACCAAUGAGGUCUUACAUUAUAGCACCCUGGGAGCCCGACGACGAAGCUGUCCACAUGUCUGAUUCGGAAAUUGAAAUUGAAAUCGAACGUGACGAGCGAGAUCUUACAGAGUUGUUGACAUUGGAACGUUUUUCAAAUACCGACGAAGAUGCCUCUGAUCCGGAUGCCGAACAACGAGCAAGAGAUAAUGAAAUUCGUUUUGAUACAAAUCUACCCGCCGAACACUCGUAUCUGGGUACGAAUAUGAAUCGAGUGUCUGGAGUUGAGUACUUGGACACAGGCAGGAUACAUCGAAUUAUGCUAUUCAUGCAUCAACACAUUAUAUUCCCUGGCGAAGUGCUGCCAUUUAUGAUUCCUGGAUUUAUAAUUGAAGCGGACAUUGAUUCGGAUAAUGGUUUGUUGUUUGGAGUAGCGUUUGGUCAUGUGCGAUGUCCCAAAACACAGGCAAUGUACGGAGUGACUUGUCAGAUUUAUGAGAAGGGAACUGAUGAACGAGGUCAUACGCUUAUUAAGUCGAGAGCUUUGCAGAGAUUUAUAACAACUAAUGAUACAAGAAGAGAGCAUUUGGAAUACAUCACAUCAGGACUACAACUAAAAACUUUUGGCUAUAUCAAAAUUUUACCUGAAAUCAGUUUGCCUGAUCCGCUAGCAUCGAUAAAUAUAGGAAGCAUGAAUAGAUUUCGUGAUAUCCCAGGACUAGCUGGCUAUUUGAGUGAUUUUCGAGCUACAACAACAAUCUGGCCAAAGCAUGUCUUCAAUCAGUUUACAAUAAGUUCAAUUAUAGAAAAAGUGCUCAAAUCGUUGGAAACAAAUAAAGUGCAAUCAAUGCCAACAGAUCCAACAAGACUUUCCUUUUGGUUGAGUCGCAAUGCUCAUAUAUCAGAGGAUCAAUUGAGUAAAAUAUUCAUGACUGAUUGUACAAAUGUUCGAAUGCGGAUGAUUGCAGAUUCAUUUAGUGAUGGUUCCGUAUUUGUUUGUCGAGUUUGUCGCAAUCCCAUUGCACAUUGUCGGGAAUUGUUUGCAAUGUCAAAACAUGGCGUUCAAUCACAGUAUUGCAAUUCAUCGGGUUAUAUACACGAGACAAAUACUGUAUAUAAAGUGUUUCCGAAUGCCAUUACUUUUAGUGGAGAGCCAUCGAGUGAAUUCAGCUGGUUUCCUGGUUAUGAAUGGCACAUUAUUGUUUGUAAAAUGUGCAAUCGUCACAUUGGAUGGCAGUUCCGUGCCAAUGGUGAUAAUUUGAGUCCAGUUCUUUUUUAUGGAAUUACCGGUGCCAGUGUUAAGGUGUCAAAGAAAAAUGAAACAAGAACACUGCGUAAUAAUCUUUUUAGUAAUUUAUUUCAAUUGAUUGAUUUGUAGAUAUUAAGCAUAUACUCACUCUAAAUAUAUUAUAUUAUACAUAAAAAACAAAACCGUUUG